AUGCAGGCUCCUGUGGCUCUCCUCAGCUCCCCAGCGCUGCUCCGUUGCUGCUCCAGGGCUUUGGCCAGACCUGUGUCAGUGUCUGUUUUCAACAGACCUGAGGCCCAGAUUGUACAGGCAGGUGCUGUGUACCCCCCUCAGCUGUCCCGCCGUGACUUCCAGACCAGCUCUGUGUCCCAGGACAUCGACACUGCUGCCAAGUUCAUCGGGGCUGGAGCUGCCACGGUGGGAGUGGCAGGAUCCGGCGCAGGGAUCGGCACCGUCUUCGGCAGCUUGAUCAUCGGCUAUGCCAGGAAUCCAUCCGCAGCAGCGCAGCUCUUCUCCUAUGCCAUCCUGGGCUUUGCCCUGUCUGAAGCUAUGGGGCUCUUCUGUUUGAUGGUGGCA